CAUUUCUGGUCGGAGCAAAGUGCGCGCGAGAGUCCGUCUCUUGACAUUGCAAAAGCUAGCCAGCGAGCAACGCACAGUGGCAGUUAGCCUUCGCCUGCGAAAGCCAAGUUUCCGUUUGCCUCAGCUCGGCUCGGCCCGGCCGGCGGGUCAUGUGGGCCGUGCGGCUCGCGGCCCGGCGGCCGCUACACAUCACCGCCGUCAGAGGAAGAGUCGGAACCGGCAGGACCGACCUCCUCCUACGCCAUAAGCAGAUCUCCUCCCUCAGCAGACCUGGUGCGCUCCACUUGACGACUACUUGCCGGCGUACGCUGCACCUGAGCGCGCAGGUAUGCAGCGUGAAGGAGACGCCGGCACCCGCGGAGGAAGAAGUAGGAGGCUUCACCAAACUCAUUGAGGCUCUGGGCUUCACCGGACCCCUCAAGUACAACAAAUGGAAAAUCAAGAUAGCCGCAUUGCGCAUGUACACUUGCUGCGUCGAGAGGAUCAACUACGACGACUUCUUUGACCGCUGCUCACUGCCAGACACGCUCAACUCCUGGUUCCUGGUGGCGCAGCUGCACGUGUGGAUGUGCCUGGUGCGGAUGCGUCAGGAGGGCCGAGCAGGCAAGUACAUGUGUCGCUACAUCGUGCACUCCAUGUGGGAGGACGUCGAGCAGCGCAGCAAGAUCAUGGGGAUCGACGCCAUCCAUCGCAAAGAAGCACUGAAAGCCAUGACUGAGACCUUCUACGCGGCAUUGUUCGGAUACGAUGAGGGCAUCCUUUCGGGCGACAUUGUCCUGGCCGCCGCUCUGUGGAGAAACCUCUUCAAUUGUCAGUGUGAAGACUCUGCCCAGCUGGAGCUCAUGGUGGAGUACGUGCGCAAGCAGAUGCAGUUCAUCGACUCCCUGGAUGGCGAAGACUUGCUCCUGACCGGUGAAGUCAAGUGGCGUCCUCUACUGGAGGAGAAUGCUCAAAGCAUCCUGAAAGUGGCCACGCCCACGUACAACGACGCCGGACUGUGAGUUCCUGUCUGCGUGGGAGCACCGACGACAAGCGUCCGUGUUGGUCGGUUAUUGAGUUUCCACGCACACUGUGGCAUCCUCAUACUCACAGGAGUGAUGCCAUUAUGCUGAUGUGCUUUUGAAGCCAAUUGUAUCCUAUACUUUUUACCAAUCUUUCUUUUGUCUUUCCGAUUACUAUUAUUUACUUGGGAACAGUUGUCAUGUGGAAUAAAAAGUUCAGCUUUCAAUAAACUGUGUGGCUGCCAUGUAAUCACCUAUGUUUAGCCUCAUUUGGAACACAAGAUUUGAGUUAUUUGGAGUCAGAACGAAUGCUUAUGCUAGCUGACUUUUAAGACUCGCCGCCACUUAAUAACCAGACAUUAAAUGGACUGGUCACCAGUCAGUUACAAAGCACUGAAAGACAAAUGGUAAAC